AUGCACCAACUAUAUUCCCCUCUCUUGAUUGCCGCAAUCCUACAACUAUGCUCAGCCACUACACCUCUGAUCGCCAAGCCAGACCCUCACAUUUGCGGCCUCAGACUCAACAGCACCAAAGACCACUCCUUCACCAGUGUCCACGCUGGCCUUGACAUUCCCACCUUGAGCCUGCGCGACGGCUCGGAUAAACAGUCCUUCCGAUGGGGGGAGGGGGAGUGUUACGCCAUGGCGUUUGCCGACGACCACACCAUCAUCAUCAUCUCUCCCGACUGGCGGACCAACCUCAAGAUCAUCACCAUCUCGUACAACGCCAUGAAGAAACGGGCUGACGAGAACGGUGUCACAUUCGCCCCGGCCAAGUACGCCAUGAUGCACUUCCGGCAAACUCGAGAUAACAACUCGCCCCCCCAAGGACCUUCCGAAGAAUGUCAGCAUUGCGUGCGCAAGCUGCGCGUCCCGGGUGUGAUUUUCAACAGUCAUCUCAGCUGGAUUGAUCAUGCCAGACAUCUUCAAGUCAAGGUUCUCAAAAUCGAGCAGUACAUGCGGCGAAUCUCCAGCUCCAUCAGAGGACCCCCGACGUGGCAGAUGCGAAGUCUCUUCUGCUCCAAUGUUCGACCCGUGCUUUUCUACGCCGGCGCCGCGUGGUACCGGCCCGACAACAAGCGACAUGCGGACAGCUGGAACACGGCCUUGAAGAUGCUCGAAGCGGCUCAGAGGAAAUGUCUGGUGGUUAUCUCAGGCGCCGUCAAAUAUCCGCCAUCAGAAUUGCUCCUGCACGAGUUGCGCAUUGGGACUGUCGACCGUCUCUUAUGGAAGUAUCGUCUCAUCGCCUCGCAACAUCCUAUCAUCAAGGCCUACGCACACGCUGCGCGCUACCACCCAAGACUGCUGAGAUGGAGCUUGAGCAGGCCUCCAACUGUCCCAAACGGCACCACCCGAAACACACUCUCGCCUCUCAGCUACCGACCCAGGGCCGAAGUACGCCAAGGAUAUCAAUCCGAAUCUCGUCAAAGGCCUUUCGAAGGCUGUGACGAUACGACUUUUGGAUUGCGUGGGUCGUUCGGCUUCCGCGGUACAAUGGGAACAAACGCAGUUUUCGAUGCGGCAUGGUGUUUGGUGCGCCGCAACUUGACUUUGCGGCGGGUGGUGAGGUCCCUUUGAUGCUGAUCUGGCAGCUCGUUGUGUUGGUUGGGUUUCUUGUGG